ACAAGAAGUAGGCGAAGCAUUUUUUCUCAUCAAUUGUCAAAAUGUCUCGAGCGUUGAACAAAUCAAAAACGAUGGUUCCGAAGAAGAAAUUCUUCCGCUACGUGUUGAAGGGAGCCGAUUUUUUCAGGAUUCGGAAUGGCAACAGUUUCACUCUGAGCGAUUUGGUGUCAUUUGCCUACCUUAAAAAUCAACGAGUGGACAGACUGGAAUUAGUGGAAACUAUGGUGAAGCAAGCGGUGGAUCAACUUAUAAGCCUCGAUCUAAUGUCACAAUCCUGCGGUGGAAAACUUCAUAUGAAUCAAAAUAACUCCCAUCGGAGAGAAUCGACGCGUUCAAACAGCGCAGCGCCAGUGGAGUGUAUUCAAAUUACAAAUGAGGAAAUAUCAGAAGAGGAAGUUCAACCGGUACCGGGCACAUCUGGAGAAUCAUCGCAAUCGCCGCGGAAUGAAGCCCCCUGGAACAGCAAAGACGAGAAAUUUACUAUAACUCCGCUUAAAAGGAAACUCUCCAGCUCUACUAAACAGUCGUCAUCAGACACCGAGGAGCAACUAAAUUCAGGCAACAAACCCAAACGAAAUACAACCGAUCAACCUGGAGCGGCUGAACUGGACAUGGAUCUUGCUUUAGUACCGAACUUUCUCCCAAUAGAGCUUCCGGAUCUCCCAUCCAAUAUCUCCCAUCGAAACGGAUCAACACCUUCAAACAGCGCACCGCCAGUAGAGUCUUUUCAAACUACAAAUGUGGAUAUAACAGAAGAGGAAGUUCAACCGCAACCGGGCACAUCAUCAUCUGGAGAAUCGCAAUCGCAAUCAUCGCGGACUGAAGCCCCCCGGAACAGCAAAGACGAGGAAUUCACUGUAACGCCGCUUAAAAGGAAACUUUCCAGCUCUUCCAAAGAGUCGUCGUUAUCAGACACCGAGGAGCAACUAUAUUUAGGCAACAUAUCGUUUUCGAAGCUAUUGAAAAGAAGAAAAGGGAAGGAAACAAUGUUGCCAAAACACAAACGACAUACAACUGAUCCACCAGAAGAGGCUGAACUGAGCAUGGAUCUUGCUUUAGUACCGGAUUUUCUCCCAAUAAAGCUACCGGAUGAGGAAGCAACUACUGCGCAGGAAGAAGGCCUCGAAAUUGACCAAGGCAUACCCCAGUUGAAACUGUCAGUGUUGCGUUUUGGAAGCGAAGAAGAUGAUUCAGACUGAUGUUUUUUGAAUGUAUUUGUUUUUAUUUUGAUGAAAUAUUUAUUUUAGAAUAGAACUCAUCAGUUUACUGAUCACUGAUUACCAAAAUAUAUUGGUUACU